GGGAUUUCCAUUAAAUUGCAUUGUUAAGAUUUACUGCUCAAAGAAAUAACUGGAUAAACUUAAUAAUCAGAAUGGAUAGAGAAGACCGUAGACGUUACUUUGUGGUGGGAUCUGUCAUCAUAGAAGUAGUCACACCAUUACUACAACAACGUAUACAGGAUGACCAAACAUUCCGUGCGUUUGGCACUUUACAAGACUACCUCAAUAACCGUCAGAUCAAACAUAUUCUAUUUCAUCUAAGACAUAAUAAUAUUUGGUGUUGUAGCGAUUCCAAUAACUGUGUACAUAGUGGAUCCCUUCCACUGAACUACAGGCAGUGGAGUAUCCUGUACAGUAAGACAGGGGGGCCAUGUCGCCACAACUGUCAUUGUAAAUACACAGCUAAUGCUGUUCAGCUUGUUGAUCCUGACAUCAGCUUGUCCUGUAUAAUCUUACUUAACUGUUGUAACCUUACAUCAAAAGAAUAUAACACAAUUCACAACUUACGACAGUUAAAAAAUAACUUUCUGAGUCACAACACUGAAGGUGCAAUUACAGCAGAUGAGUACAAAUCAGUAUGGACAGACCUGACAUCUUAUGUUCUACAGCUUGAUAAAACCAAGGAGGACAACUUAAAAAGGAUAAAGAGCAGACCACUGGAUGAAGCACUCUGUCAUAAAUAUAAUGCUAUACUACUAGAUAUUCACCAAAAACUUGAUGAGAUUGGUGCAUCAAUCCAAGGAGUUGAUGAAACCAUUCAAAGAAUUGACACCACCACCAAUGAAAUAGAUAGAAGAGUUCAGAGAAUAGACCAGACAGUCACUGGAACCAAUACAGCAGUAAUGGGACUACAGGCUACCAUGGAGGAAUUCUUAUAUAUUGCAAAGAGAGGAAUAACAUGUCAAUGUUCUACAGACAAGUGCCAACAACAAGUCAAAAAAUUCAAAGAGAGCAUACAACCCUACAAACUAGGACAGUCUAUUUUCACACUACAUCAUCAGACAGUCCUGACAUCGGUAGUUGGUGGUAGUUUUACAGAAGUAACAGAUAUAGUGAUGAUGGAUGAUGGUAGACUAGUGAUAUGUUUACCUCACCAGAGCAGACUACUGAUCUGUAAUACAGAUGGAUCACAGGUAGACAGUAUACAUGUACAGGGUUUACCAUGGUAUGUUACAGCAGUCAACAAAUCUACAGUAGCUGUUACACUGUGGGAUAGUGACUGUAUAGAGAUGUAUGAUAUAAACAAUAAACUCAAACUUAAAUCAAUAUCACCACCUGGAAUGUGGUGGUUUGAGAGUGGCAUUACAACUAUAAACAACAAGUUAGUUGUAGGUGGUGACAACAGACUACUGAUCGUAGAUCAUCAGACAGGAGAGAUGGUACAAACAAUACAGACUAAAUGUCAACCUUACAGGUUACAUGGUUCUGGUGACAGAAUAUUCUACAUCAACAACAACAAGCUGUACUGGUAUAGUUAUACUGAUGACAGACAUCAUACCCUAACAUUACCAUCACGACCCAGGAGUAUGACUACACUACAAGAUGGCAGUCUGUAUGUGAGGUGUAAGGAUGGAUCAGAACAACAUGUGUCAUCUGAUGGUAAACAGUAUAAACCAGUGAAGACACUUCAAUCCAGUCGAGAGUCUGGUGUGAUUCAUUAUAAUCUCAAACAAAGAAAACUGGUGAUCAUACAAAAUAAUCUUAUAAAAGUCUUCAAUGAACUGUAAUCAAAUAUAUCAAUAAUUUCAUUCUGAUAUUUGUAGUAUUUGUUAAACUAUAUGAUUAUUAUCAUUAUAUUGAUAUUGUUAAUUUUGUAACAUAUAUUUUUGGAAAGGGAAUGUGAUGUGGUGAUGUGUAGCUUGGUUCUGUUGAUAGGUUAUGUUUAUAUGAUGUCUUCAGUGACAUAGUAAUACUGAUGACAUGACACCUUGACAUUACCAAUGGACCAUCAACACAUGUAAAGCUGAUUACAUAACAAGAUGGCAGUAUGUAUGUUGUAUGUAGAAGAUCAAUCAGUUCUGAGGGAAAGUAAUAUGAGCAAGAAUGUGUCCAUAGUACAUGGAUGCUCAUUCACACUAUCUUUUUCUAUGUUUAGUGGACCCUAAUAUUGGGGUAAAAACUCUAAUUUGGCAUUAAACUUAGAAAGAUCAUAUCAUAGGAAACAUAUAGAAAGUCAACUUUUCAAUUACAUGUUUAUACAAUUCCAAUAAAAAUGCUUUUUCCUCAAGCCAUCUGUAAAAAAGGCAUAUUUUGGUAA